AUGCAGAGCAUGCAGAGGAAGUUUGGUCGCUUGACCACGAAGCGAACCGCAGAUGACAGUCAGGUCUCUGUCCUUCUCAAGGACUUCGAAGAUGCCGAUUUACUACUGGGCAAGAUUGUCGAAUCCACCAAAGCUUGGAAAGAUGCCUGGGUAUCUAUUGCGACUCUCCAGAGUCGCAUGGUCGACGAAUUCGAUGGUCUCUAUGCCCCUAUCCUCGGCUCCUCUGAGCCGACUUCCGCGCGCCAGCCCGUCGAAACAGAUCCUCUCCUCCUGGCUCGCACGAACAGAAUGCGGAAGGAAUUUGAUGAAUUGCGAGAUGACAUAACCGAGGAGCUCAGUGUAGUGGACGACCGCAUGAUCCGACCUGCAGUAUCCGCAAAAGACUUUAUAGCACCUCUGAAGAAGACGAUCAAAAAACGGAAUGAUAAAAAGACGGACUUUGAGCGCUGCCAAAGCCGCGUUGAUGGCCUCAAUCAGAAACUCAAACGCAAUGAUCGUGAUAACGCGGCUCUUGUCAAAGCAGAGGCGGAGCUGGCGACUACAAAAGAUGUCUAUCGAGCUGCUGACGACGAUCUACGAAACCGCCUCCCAACUCUGAUUUCGCUUGUCUUCUCACUAGCUCCCUUCAUUCUGCACGCACAGAUUGAAAUCCAAAACCGGAUGCUCGCCCACUACUACACAGUGCUACACACAUACUGCGAGGAGGAAGGUUUCCCGUCCCCGCCACCCUCAAUGGAUCAAAUCGUCUAUGACUGGGAGAUUGCGCACCAGCCGAUCAGUGACAGGAUCGAAAGCAUGGGCUGCCUUACCCAAGGAAAAGCGAUUCGCCAAGUGCAGCAGAACCAACAGAAGCCCAAGCGUCCCUCUCUCGGUGAACGCAGCAAUACCAUCGCUUCUACUCCUUCCAAUGUCCGGACGGCGCCGCCACCAUUCGGCAUGCCAAAGCCUCCGUUCGCCGCCGAUACACGCCCUGCAUCACCAUCAUCUUCGUAUUUGACUCCCAGAGGAUCUAUAUCGGUCGCUAGCUCAGCCAGUAGCUCCCAUCUUCCGUACGGAGGUGACUUUUAUACGCCCCCUCCGGAAGUUACCCCAAGGGUCGGCUCGGAACCCGAGCAGCCAGCUUCUAAGCCGCUCAGGCCGACGGGACUCACGACAUUCGCACCGGCGGGCCCUAAUGUAGACCAUUUCCGGCUCACCCAUCAGCACUCCGCGCCAGUCGUGCCGACUGUUGAUCCGUUGUUUGCGGCAGCAGUGAGCAAACCGCGUCCACCUCCGCCUCCACCUCCACGGCCAGCCACUGUCCAGUACGUUACGGCCCUCUAUGACUUUGAUGGCCAAAACCAGGGCGAUCUGGUGUUCAGGGAGGGCGAUCGCAUCAAGGUCCUCACGAAGACUGAUAGCACCGAUGAUUGGUGGGAUGGAGAGCUGAGAGGUGUAAAGGGCGCAUUCCCAGCGAACUAUGUAGAGUGA